GGGGAUUUGGGGAUACGCGUGAGAGACGCGAGUCGGGGUUGGGGACGCUGGGGCUGACGCGGAGGCGGCGAGAGCGGCCCGGGCUGGGUUUGGGGACGCGAGGUACCGGGAGCGGUGACUGACACGGAUCAGGGGCGCCGACACUAAGCCGGGUCGGGCCUGCGGACGCCCCGCGAUCGGCACCCGCCGAGCCCCGGAGUAGCCGCGACCGCCACCCGGCCACCGACCCCUCGGGGGCACCCGCCGAGCCCUGAGGGACCUGCGAGCGGCACCCGCCGGGCCCAGGGCCGAGCGAGCGGCCGGAGCCCCGGAGCCCCGGGACCGACCUCUGCAACCGCCCCGGGCCGGGCUGGGGGCGCCCGCCAGCGGCACCCGCCGGGCCGCGCUACCCCCUCACUCGCUCCCUUCCUCCUUCCCUCCUUUUCUCAUUCGCUCCCCGCCAGGGGAAGGGGCAGCAGCAGCAGCAGCAGCAGCCCCUCGGGGCACCGGCCCAGCCAUGGCCAUCGCCGCCGUGCCCGGGGCCGAGUCCCGGCUCUGCGGGAACUGCAAAAAGGACAUUCCUGCAGUUAAUUUCCUCAUCCAUGAAAUCCACUGUCGCAGGAAUAUUGAAAUAUGUCCCUACUGCAGUGACUCCAUCCCAAAGUCUGAGAUGAAGAACCACAUUGAGUCUGAGCAUGUGCAGGUGACCUGCAAGUGUAGGAUGAAGAUUGAAAACAGUCUCCUUAAGGAUCACGAGGAGUCAGCGUGUCCCCUGCGCCCCGUGCUCUGCCAGUUCUGUGACAUCCCGCUGGCCUUCAACAAGCUCCAGGAGCACGAGAGCUACUGCGGGGCCAGGACCGAGCCCUGCGGGGACUGCGGCCGGAAUGUCCUGCUGAGGGACCUCAAGGAGCACCCCCGGGUCUGUGGGACAGAGGAGAAACCCCGAGGGAGCGGGACAGCACCAGGAUUUGGGAACGAGGAGGGAAGUCUGCGAGGUGUGAGGAACCGACUGAAACCAGAGGAUGAGCUGGAGCAGCUGGAGAGAAAUGAAAUCCCUCAUUCCCCACUUCCAGAGGAGUGGAAUGCUGAGUUAGACUACGCAUUGGCUCUCAGCCUGCAAAAUGAGAAUAAUCCUCACCCUAACACUGCAGCUGGAAUUCCCAGGGACUUCUGGGAAUAUGACUACACCAAAGAGCCCGGGUCAGCUGCCCACCUCAGUGAGACACAGCAGUCAAACACCUUCUCCUACGACUCUCCAGGGUCUUUUACCACCUCAAACUGCAGAAAAAACACGGAGACCAUCAUGUUGCCCUGUGAGUUCUGUGAGGAGCUCUGCCCUGCCGAGGAGCUGAUCCUUCACCAGACGGGGUGUAACCCAGCAAGUGCCUUUGCCUCGUUCAGUAAGAGAAGCUCUUCUCCAAAUCCAUGGGACUACGAUGGUCUGGUUGCUGUUGGCUCCAACAGCUGGAGGACUCUCCCUUCAUCCCAGCCCCAAGCUGUCCAGGCAGAUGGAAACAUCAUGAUUCCAUGUGAAUUUUGUGGCAUCCAACUGGAAGAGGAGAUUCUCUUCCAUCAUCAGCACCAGUGUGACCUGCGCCCGGCCAGCCCUGCGGCCGCUGCUCCAGCCCCGGAGAGACGGGAAUCGCCGGAGCCGGCGCGGCGACGGAGCAGGCACCAAGGAGAUGUUUCUCCUCGGCACACAGAAGGCUUUGGGCAGUCAGGGCUGGGCUGCCCUGCCCGAGGGACCAAGCUGAGGGAUGACAUGGCCAACGCCAGGAACACACCAUUGUCCUGUUCCCCGGGAGCUGCUGAUGCUCCCAACAUGCAGGGCAAGCCCAGGAAGGGGAAUGGCAGCCAGGGGAGACCAAAGGACAGAGGGACAGGUGAAGCUGCAGGGGGGACAACGCCACGAGCCAGACCUGCUCAGCACUUCCAUGGAGAAACCUUCACCUCCAGCUUCUCCAGAGCUGCUCCAGCCCAGCCAAGCCCCAGCACUGGAGGAAGGAGCCUCAGGCUGCAGGACGGGCGCAUCGGCCUCAGGCGCAGGAGCUCCAAGGCCAAAGCCCAGAGCCCAGGGGCCGGAUCCCCCGAGGAAUGAGCCACCAGUGCUGGAAGACACGGAGCUCUUGGCCCUGUUCCUGUGCUCUGCCCCACUCUAGUCAGAGCACAAGUAAAUUCCCACCUUGGAUUUAAAUUUUUAGGCAGUGACCAUUUUCUAAGUAUCUAUUUUUAAUCUGUGAGAGCAAACUUCAGGUUUUUACGUCUCCGAUUGCCCCCAGCACCCCCAAGGCAGCAAAACCUUGGCCCUACCUGGGUUCUGUGUCCGUGUGGGCUCCUUGUGCAAUCCCAGGACAGGAUUUAUGCCAGGCUGAGCUCCCAGGGUGUGUCCUGCCUUGUCCUGCUCAGGCACAGCAGGUGUCACCCAACAGGGAGCAGUUGGAUGGAUCUGCCCCACACGGAGCAGGACUGAGGGUCAGAGGUCAAAAGCUUCUCGCAUUAUCCCAGUUUUGUAAAUUCCUUGGAAUAAAGUUUAUCUGAUGCUGUCUCAAAA